AUGGGUUCCGGCGAUGCUAUGGUCACAGAUGUGAGAGUUAGUCAUGCUCAUGGCAUCUUAAGUAAGCCUUUGUUAAAAUUAAAAUUACUAGAACUAUUAAGUGAAGGAAAUUUUGAGAAUUUGCAGCAAUUCAUUGACGGACAAUUGGCGUCACCUCCAGAAACAACUGCUAUAAAUGAAGUUCUUCCGUUUUUACUUCAUUUUGCUGUGCAAGUAGCAUCUUUCAGGCUUGUUAAAGAAAUUAUUUCUCAUUGGUCAUCAGGACAUGCUUCUUCUAAAUUCGUCUUAGAUUUAAAUAGGAGAGACAAAAAUGGUCACACACCAUUGCAUUUGGCUGCAGCGCAGUCUAGAAUGGAAGUUAUCAACUUUUUAUUGGAACAGAGCACCAUAAAUGAGAUGGUAACGAACAAUCAAAAUUUGCUGCCAUUCGAAAUGUGUAAAAAUUUGAAUGUCGCUCAAUCAAUGCAAAUUAAGAGAUCUAAUUAUAUAUUGAAGACGGUUACUGAAUUUCAGCUCGCAUUCAACAAGAAUGAUACAAAGACAAUGGAGCUGUUACUUAAUAAUCCAAGAAAUUUGGAAUUUUUAGAUGUUAACAACAUUUAUUUAAUGAAUAAUGGUAAACCUCUAUUGCUAAUUGCGAUUGAACACAAUAAUUUGGACAUGUGUAAAUGGUUGUUCAAGCAUGAUGCUGAUCCCAAUGUUAAAAGUUUAAACGGUGUAUCUGCAAAUGAUCAGAUCAUUAAAAGUAAUAAUGCCCCUUUAAAAAAAAUCUUUGACAAAUAUAAAAGUGAACAGAGUGUAGUGAGUGUCACUAAUAAACUAGACGAACCUCCAACUUUUAAAGGUUAUUUAAAGAAAUUCACUAAUUUCGCUCAAGGUUAUAAACUACGUUAUUUUGUAUUGAGUGAAAACGGUAAACUCUCUUACUAUAAAGAUCAGAAUUCUUCGAUCAAGAAAUCACCUCGUGGGCAACUAGAUCUCUCAACCUGCUAUUUACAUCUCGAUUCUACAGAAAAGUUAAAAUUUGAAAUUGUCAGUAAUGAUUCAUCAAAAUGGCAGUUGAAAGGCAAUCAUCCUAUGGAAACCAAUAAAUGGAUUUGGGCAAUUCAGAGGGCAAUCAGAUACACGAGAGACAAAAAAAAGGAAAAGAGAAAUGGAAAUAAUGUCACCCCAUCAUCGAUAAUCAAUCCAGUUCCAAGAUCUCCAAAGAAGAGUUUGACGUCUCCUAGCUUUCCUGCGCGCCAUCUUCAUGAUCUCAAUAGAACUAGGACUGUAAGUGCUCAAUCAAGAACACAUAAUAAUGAUACAAUGUCUAUCGCAUCAAAUGACGUGGAGUUAAGUAAUAAUCUGACCGAAUCAGGUAAAAAUUAUGUCAAUAAGAUGAUCGAAACUCGUUUGGAAUCCUCUCCUGUUAGUGAUAGGGGUGUCAUUCUUAGCCCCAUUAGUCAAGCAAAGUCACUGGAUGAUGCAGUGGCUAGUAAUGAGAGUUCCGGUAAGAAUUCUCUUGCACAAAUGAAAGGGUCUACGUUCAUGACUUCCACGUCAGGAAUAUCAUAUAUGAGCACAGCGAACAACGACAUACAGUCUGUUGGCCCUCUUAAUAUUGAUUCUGAGGAAGAGGAAGAAGAGGGUGGCAUAAACCUGAAAUUUGAAAAAGAUGAAGAAUUUUUGAAGGUUGAGUAUGGACCGUAUAUUGAAAGUUUAAACCUUUAUCAAAAGAAAAUAUCUUUGGAAAUAAACUCAUUAAAUGAGUUAUUAAAUGAUUCAUCGUGUCUAACUAGUCAAGUGGCUAUGGAUGCAGUGAAAAAAUCUCUUUCCAACGUCUUACAAUCGAUAUUGAGCAUGAAUGGAUUAUCUUUGAAGAGAGACGAAAAGCUUGUUUCAAUGCUGACGAAACAACGUGACAUAAAUAAUGUUUGGAUCCAGUCUGUUAGAGACUUAGAGAUUGAAUUAAUGAAUAAAACUGAAAGGUUGGAUGCCUUAGAUAGGGAACGAAAGAAUUUGAAAAAAUCAUACAAGCAAAGAUUAGUGAAAAGCUCACGUAACAAUUCCAAUGGUAUCUCUUCAGAUAAUGUAUCAUCAGUUAGUUCUCUAGAAGCAAUUGGCAAAGAAAGGUCUACAGAAACUUUGAAACAAAUCGCAACCUUUUUAAGUGCUACCAAGAAUGAAGAUGAAAACUCAGAGGGUGAUGAAUUCUUUGACGCCGAAGAAUUAUUAGAAGAAUUGAAUGAAGUAGCUACUGGGAAAGGGCAAGCUGAUGUUGACGAACCAAUUAGUGUGGCCACUUUGCAGCAUCCUUUAUCCAGAGCAGUUUCUAUGAAGUCGGAACAAGAAUCCCCAGAGAAACUCCCGCAACCUUCCGAAGAUGAAGAGGCCGUCGAUACAUUAAAACAUGCACAUACGGACCAGCCUGAAAAAACAAUAAAAAGUAUUGAUUAUGCAAAACCAAAGGCUAAAAAGGUACCACAAUCUAUACCCGAUGUUAGGUCGAUUGCUAAGACUAAGGCACAGGUAGAGAAAGCAAAAAUCCUUUCCAGCCAAGAAUCUUCUAAUGGUUAUGAAGAUGGUAUCAGAAAGAGGCUAAGAUUAGAUAAGGACAACAGGCCAAGGAUUAGUUUGUGGGCAGUUUUGAAAUCAAUGGUGGGUAAAGAUAUGACAAGAAUGACCUUGCCAGUAGCAUUCAAUGAACCAACCUCUUUGUUACAAAGAGUGGCGGAAGACCUUGAAUUUUCUGAACUAUUGACCAAAGCGGCAACAUUUGAAGAUUCCACUCUGAGGUUACUGUACGUCUCCGUUUUCACAGCAUCAUGUUAUGCAUCUACUACAGGAAGAGUUGCGAAGCCAUUCAACCCACUGUUAGGUGAAACUUAUGAAUAUGUAAGACCUGAUAAACACUAUAGAUUUUUUACUGAGCAAGUAUCUCAUCAUCCACCUAUAUCUGCAACAUGGACAGAAUCUCCAAAAUGGGACUUCUGGGGUGAAUCACAAGUUGACACAAAGUUUAAUGGUAGAACAUUUGGUGUUAAACAUUUAGGUAUCUGGUAUGUAAAAUUGAGACCAGAUUGUAACAAUCCUAUGGAAGAAUUGUACACUUAUAAGAAACCGGAUAAUACUGUUAUUGGUAUCUUGUUAGGCCACCCGGAAGUCGAUAAUCAUGGAGAAGUUAGGAUCGUUAAUCAUACAACUGGUGAUUACUGUUUGUUGAAUUUUAAGGCGCGUGGUUGGAGAUCAUCGGGUGCAUUUGAAGUCAGAGGUGAAGUGUUCGACAAGAAUAACCAGAAAAAGUGGGUCUUGGGAGGACAUUGGAACGAUUCAAUAUAUGCCAAGAAAGUAACAUCUAAGGGUAAUGAAAAUAUGACACUAAAUAAAGUAAAAAGCAAUGGUCCCUCGGCUGCAAGUCCCACGGGUAAUGAACCACAAUACGAUGGUAGCAAAUUUUUGAUUUGGAAGGCAGGACCAAGACCAGAGGCUCCAUUCAAUUUAACUCCAUUUGCAAUUACGUUGAAUGCUCCCCAACCAAAACUACUACCAUGGCUCGCACCCACCGAUACACGUUUAAGACCAGAUCAAAGAGCCAUGGAAGACGGCGAAUAUGAUAAAGCUGCCAAUGAGAAGCAUAGAGUGGAAGAGAAACAAAGAGCAGUUCGUAGAUACAGAGAAAAGAAUAAUAUCGAGUAUCAACCAAGAUGGUUUGUUAAGACGAUUCAUCCAAUCACGAAAUUGCCAUACUGGCAAUUCAAAGGAGACUACUGGGAUCUCAGGAAACAGAACCAGCUGUCUGGCACUGGGGACAUCUUCUAG